AUGAUUUUUCGUACCCAAAUUGUGGAAGUUCUUUCUAUGCUGAAACAGAAAGGGCUUAAUCGAUUAGCACCACUGCUAAGAUUUAUAUGGCAACGGCUAGCUAGCAAAGAUUUGGGGAAAAAUAGAGUAACGUGCGAUUGUGCCCAUGCUUGCACAUUUGAAGAACAGGAAGACGGUACAAUAGCCUCAAAAUGUUAUUGUCACAGCGGCUUUGUACUGAGCGAAGAUCAGAAAUCAUGUGAACCUUCAAAGGACACUCCAACAACUUACACCAUCGUUAGGGUAACUCCUCCGUCAUUGACAACCGAAGUGCAACCUGAAGAAAUUUUGAGCAGCACUCCGAGUACUGGUGAGGAAGAAAAGAUGGUUGCCGCCACUGACGCAUCAGGAAGAUUCAUUGGUUUGGACUCAUCUCCGCUGCCAACUGGCGCGGAUGGAAGUGUCCUCGUAGUUGAGGAGGUGAAAUCGACGUCGAGACCAACAGAUUCAAGUGGACGUGAAUUGCCGAUGGUUGUAGGCCCUGAUGGUGUGCCUCUAAAAGUUAAUGAUGAAGGAGAACUCAUAGACGCCAACGAGAAUCCGAUCACAAUCGAUGAAGAGGGAGUUCCGCGAGAUCCAUACGGCAAAGAACUUCCCAGAAAUAAGGACGGAGCAUGGAUCUAUCCACUAAUUGAUAAGAGUGGAAGACCACUGCCAGUAGAUGAAAAUAACAUGCCAGUAAUAAAAAUGGUUGAUGUUAAUGGAAAUCCUAUACCUUUAGACGCAAGUGGACAUCCACUUGAAUCUACCGGUUUGGUUAUUAGCACAGACUCUAUCGGAAGACCACUUGACAGCGAGGGUCACCCUUAUCCCAUUAACGAAGAUGGCUUCUUUGUAAUCGAACCUGGAGAGGGCGCUUUUGAUGAAGACAGACCAAGGAUUCCUUUAAUUACGGUUGAUGGAGAACCGGUGAGGAUGGAUGAGGAAGGGCAUUAUGUAGACUCCAAAGGAUCCAUAAUUCCUACUAAUGAAAAAGGCGUACCAGUGGAUGAACGCGGUGAGCCACUCAAAAAGAAUGAAAAAGGUGAUUACGUUUUACCAGUAACAAAGAAGGAUGAAGGUUUAAAGCCAACGGUCGAAGAAGUACCAUCAACACAACCCGGAGUAAUUGAGGGAUUACCUACGGAUGAAAGCGGACAACUUAUAGUACCGAUAGUGCGCCCCGAUGGGUCAUCCUUGCCGACUGAUGCCUACGGAAAUUUCGUCACCGAGGAUGGAUCAGUUGUCGAAAGAGAUGAAGAAGGAAGGCCUCUUGGCCCCGAUGGUAAAGUGCUACCCACCGAUGACUCUGGAAAUUACGUAUACCCUCUGCUAGGGCCGGAUGGAAAACCUCUUCCAACGGACGAGCAUCGACGUCCCAUUCAUCCAGUGCUUAAUACCGAUGGUGUACCAUUACCAACGGACGAAUCGGGUCGUCCACUUGGAAAGGACGGAAAGCCUGUUCCGACAGACGCUAGUGGUAUUCCUUUGGACAACGAGGGACAACCUCUACCUACCGAUAGCAGCGGAAGCUAUGUCGCCGCAGAGCGCGAAGUAAAGCCGAGCAAGGAGUUUCCAACUGAUGAGAGUGGAAAUGUCAUCUACCCUAUCAAGAAAGCAGAUGGUUCCCCACUGCCAACGGAUGCAUCUGGUAAUUACGUAACAGACGAUGGAUCAGCUAUUGAAAAAGACGAAGAAGGCAGACCUGUUGGUCCAGAUGGUGAAGUACUACCCACCGAUGAAACUGGAAAUUACAUCUAUCCUGUGCUGGGACCGGAUGGAAGUCCAUUGCCAACAGAUGAGCAUCAG